AUGGCGGAUGAAUUACCCAGGCUAGCCGCUGAAUUGAUGAACACCGCACACGUCGUCGCAAAGAAGCAUAACCUUCCGCGUGGAAUAUUUAAGGUCGGUCUCCACCUAAUCUCCAGCAGCCACUACAUUCCGCUCUUGCCUCGUCUUCUCCGUGGGGUUCUGAACACAUCCUGA